AAGGUUUCUACACGUGCGAAAGUUUAUGUUUAUUACACAGUACACCUUGUUUAUGUUGUUUUAAUUAUUAUGUUAUAAGAUUCAUAUAAUGGGUGUCUACCUUUCUGCACCGAUUACAGAAAAAGUUUCUGAUGAUAAAACAUGUAAAAACUUUGUAUACGGUGCUUCUUCUAUGCAAGGAUGGCGUAAGACACAAGAGGAUGCUCACAACUGUUGUCCAGAUUUUGAUCCAGAAAAAAAUGGUUCCUUGUUUGCUGUUUAUGAUGGACAUGGAGGUGCCGAGGUAGCCCUGUAUGCCGCCCUGCAUCUUCCCAACUUCAUUAAAAGCCUGAAGUCGUACCAGGAUGGUGACUACAGACAGGCACUGGAGGAGGCCUUCCUCCGCUUUGAUGCAACUCUCGUGGAGGACAAAGUGAUCGAGGAGCUCAAGGCAUUAGCUGGAGAGGACCCCGGGGAAGAAGAUGAGGGUGCUCCGGAAGCUGUUGGGAGACGGGAAGCAGACAUGUUGUGUGCUGAGGCUAAUAUGCCACUUGAUGAACUUCUGGCCAAGUAUGAGCCAUCGCCGGGUGUACCAUUUUCCGUACGAGACGUUCGCAAGAAGGAAAAUGUCCUCUCCCCUGUAGUCCCCAAUAAGCAUACUGGUACCUUCUUCAAAGGAGACGACUGCACUCCCGAUUCGUCGGGUGGCAACCGCAACAACAGCAAUGUUGUGAAUUUUUCUGGUUCUAUAGUCACCAGUUUGCUAGGCAAGCUCAGCAACGGACAUGCAGAAAAUGAGAACAAUUUGAACACUGAAAAAGAAAUGCAGAACAAUCAAAAUCCAAACUGGGACGCGGAGAAGGCAGAAACCAGCAGUUCGAAUAUUGCUGAGAGCUCAAGUGUGAAGGAUGAGAGUAGACUGGAGGGUGAAUUACCUGAUUCUAAUGUAGCAGAUAGUUCCACUUCACAGAUGGACCAGAAACACAGCUCAAAGGGACCAUCAGUAUCCAGUUCCUCCUCCAGUUCUUCAUCCUCGGUCAAAGACUUCGUCAGCAGCACCAUAGAACAGGGAUCUUCGUCCUCGCGUGAAGCACACUGUCAGUCUUCAGGUGAUGUUCCCAGUGCAAAUAACAGUGUCCAGAACAACAGUUGUUCUCAGAGUGGCAGCAGUAAAGCGAAAUCUGGAGCUGCUGGAACCGACAGAAUGGAGGAGAGCGGUGAACCCCCAGGCAGCAGUGACUGCCCCAGCAGCAGUAGUGACAUUCCCAAGAACAGUCAUGUGAAAGCAGACUCUUCGGGAAAUAAAAGCAAGGCCGGAAGAGAAAUGGAUGCCGAGAGCAGCACAGAGAAGGCAGAUGAACCGUCUGGUAGUAGAGGUAGGGGAGAUGAACCAGCUACUGGUAGUGGAGGAGGAAGUGGACCUAGUAGUAGUGAAGCUCAACAAGAACUAGCAGGAGGAAGUGGUGAUCAACCGGAUUGCAGUGGACAAGGCAGUGGUACAGCUAAGCCAGAAGCACUAGGUGGAAGUGGUGAUCAGCCAGGCGGCAGUGGAGGUAGUUCAGCAGACCAGCCAGGAGGUAGCGGGUGCAGCAUGGAUGGGCCUGGAAGCAGCAGCAUUGAGGAUGAGGAACCUGGAGGAUCAGGGAGUGGAGCUGGAGGAAGUGUUAAGACCCUUACUGACCGGCCAGAUCUGAUGACCGGGGAUGAUAGUGAUGACAGUGAUGAUAAUGAUGAUGAAGAUGAUGAUGAGUAUCAAGAAGACAGUGAGGACGAUUACGAAGAUGAGGACGAGGAGGAAGAAGAGGAAGAGGAUGGGGAACUGGAAGGUUCGGGAUUCCACCCGUGUGUCGACAUGACAAAUGAAGAGCCAGGGUCUGAUAGUGGCUGUACGGCCUGUCUGGCGCUGUUGUUGGGUAAAGAUCUCUGGGUGGCGAAUGCAGGAGACUCCCGUUGUGUCUUGUCCCGAGCUGGAAAAGCUGUCGAAAUGUCUUUCGACCAUAAACCAGAAGACGAUAUUGAACGUACACGCAUUGAAAAGGCUGGUGGAAAAAUCACCUCAGAUGGAAGAGUCAAUGGUGGAUUGAAUCUUUCUAGAGCAUUAGGAGACCAUUAUUACAAACGCAAUGAAGAGCUGCCAGCUGAGGAGCAGAUGAUAACAGCAUUGCCAGAUAUAGAACAUGUAACACUUAGUGAUGAGGAUGAGUUUGUUGUCAUUGCCUGUGAUGGGAUAUGGAAUUACAUGUCAAGUGAUGAUGUUAUUUCCAUGGUUAGACAAGAACUGAAAGAUCCUGAAAAACUAAAAAAGCCAUCUUUAAUAUGUGAAAAGAUGUUUAACCACUGCUUAGCUCCUAACACGUUUGGUGAUGGAACUGGCUGUGAUAAUAUGACUUGCAUUAUUAUUGUACUGAAACCGAGCACAGCAGAGCCCAAUAAACGCUGUGCCGCAGAAAUGGACUCUUGCAGUAGUACCGAGGAGGGAGUAGCUGAAAAACGGACCAAACUUGAAUCGGACUCUUCAACCAGCUGCAUGGAUGACGCUGUUUAACACUGAUUAGUGUUUAUUUAUGCAAACAAAGGCAGUUACUGAGAGUACCAACAUUUUGAAAUUGAACCAAACUUUAAACCAGUGUACUAGUCGAAUCAGGAAAAUUUGAAAAUGUUGGUGUUGGGACUUGUGAACCUUUAUGCAUAAAUGUUCUGAAACAGAUGCAUCAUUUUGGUUAGAAUUGGGGUUUUUUUUGUUUUGUUUUUUUGCAAGACAGAAUGGCAUGAAUGUUAAAUUACAUCUUGAGAAACAUUGGAAGUAAUGUUUUGCGUUUAUGUUUGUCAAAUUAUUGUUUCCCUCCAUAAUAUAAAUUCUGGAGUCUUUGGGUGGAUGGAGCACCAAAGCUAGAGAGGGUAUUUGCAUACAUCUGCCCUUGCAAAUUGUUUAAUGUACUAAACCCUCUCAGACUUGUUAUAUCCAAGUGCUCCACCUUUAGUAACAGAGUGCAAGUACCAUCUUUGUCUUGAUUUGGUUUCUUUGGGCCUUUUUUUUUUUUUGGAGUGAAGAUCUUGGGGGUAAAUGCAGUGGGUAUUCAUCCUGUUAUUUUGUAAAAUGUGAAGGCAAUUGUACAUUGUUAUCCUUUCAGUGCAGACAGAUUGGCUAUUAAAUUAACGUUUCUUA